UCAACAUGGUGUUGAUUAGCCGAGGUAGAUUUAACGUGGCGUAACAUUAAAUCUGGGAUUUAUUAGGUUACGGUUUUAGCAAGUACGUCACAGAAAGUGGAAUCUAUCUGUAGAAGAGUCGUCAGAAGCUUAUUAGAAAAUGCCUCAUCGAAAGAAGAAAUCAUUCAUUAAAAAGAAGGAAGCUGUGACCUUUCACCUUGUCCACAGAAGUCAGAGGGACCCUCUGGCUGCAGAUGAGAAAGCUCCUCAACAUGUUCUCCUGCAGGCCACAAAGGUGGAAGCAGAGAAGCGACGUGAAGAACAGAGAAAGUUUGGUGUUUUCUUUGAUGAUGAUUACGACUACCUGCAGCACCUCAAAGAGUCAUUGGGUUCCUCAGAACUGGUUGCAGCUGAACCCUCGUAUCUGGACGAGGGAUCCUUUCAGCUUAGAGAUGAAAAGGACGAGGUGCAGACAAUCGUGAGCACGGAGGUUCAUGAAGCUACAAUCCACUUACCUUCUUCAGUGUUUGCGUCAGAGUUUGAAGAAGAGGUUGGACUUCUGAAUAAAGCGGCACCUGUUUCAGGACCCCGAUUAGACAUGGACCCUGACAUUGUAGCUGCUCUCGAUGACGACUUUGACUGUGAUGACCCAGACAACAUUCUGGAGGAUGACUUUAUUGUGAAAGCAAAUUGUGUAGAUGGAGGCUUGGAUGCAGAAGGACACUAUGAUGAUGAUGAUGAUCAGUGGGAGGACACAGAAGAGGAAGGAAGCUUUGACUCAGAUGGCAGUUUUUCAAGUGACAAGCAUGUUGAAGAACAAGAGUCUCUUUUCAUGAACGAAGAAACCAAGAGUCGCUUCACUGAGUACUCGAUGUCUUCUUCUGUCAUGAGGAGAAACGAGCAGCUUACCCUGCUGGAUGACCGCUUUGAAAAGUUUUAUGAACAGUUUGAUGAUGAUGAGAUUGGUGCUCUGGACAACGCCGAGCUGGAAGGCUUCAUUGAACCGGACAGCAACCGCCUGGAGGAAGUCAUAAAAGAUUACUUCAAGGAAAAAGCCAAUGAUGCCUUGAGGCAGUUUUUGGAUCCCCAGAAACUGCCUGUUGUAAAGGAGGAGGAGGAUGAGGAGGAAGAGGAGAUGGAGACUGUUGUUAUAAAGGAGGCUCCACAGGAGACUUGGGACUGUGAAACCAUCAUCAGUACAUAUUCCAACUUGUAUAACAGACCCAAAGUCCUAAAAGAGCCACCGAAGCCAAAGCCAAUCCGUGUGUCCAAUAAGACCGGCAUUCCUCUGGACGUUCUUUCACCCAGAGGUCCCACAGCCAAACAAACGGAGCGCAUGACGAGAAUCAAUGACUCAGACCUGCCGCGUAUCUCCACUCAGGCCCGAAACAAGGGGGAGAGCAAAGAGGAGAGGAAAGCAAGGAAGCAGGCCAUCAAAGAAGAGCGGAAGGAGAGAAGAGUUGAGAAGAAAGCCAACAAGAUGGCGUUCAAGGAGGAAAAAACUCGACAGGAAAAGCAAAUGUUGAACUUGAGAACAAACAUUCAAGGCAUGAGUCUUUAAUCUGCAGAAUGCAGAUUAAAUUGGACUUUCUUCAUUUAUCUAGAAAUGGUUAAUUGAAAAGAGCAAAAAGGAAUUUCACAUCCUCUGAAGCAGCUUGGGAAACCUGAUCGAAACUCGAUUUCUGUCUGCAGGUGAACAGUCAGUAAGUUUCAUAUCUUUAUUAAAAGCAUAAUUCAGAUUGAAA